AUGGCUUCCAGCUACUGGCGUUCCUCCUUACCCACAGCCAGCUGGAGCUUCUUUCUGCUGCCUGUGAUACCUUCUUCUUUGGUCAGCUUUCUCGCCUGUCCUACUAUGCCCAUAUCCUGGAACAUCUUUACCAGCGAUAGUGCAGGAAACCCUCUUAAACCACUUCAAUCGGGUAGUUUCAUGCUCUCCACCCGGCCUCUCUACAUUCCUGGACGAGAUCUUCGUACUUCGCCUUCUUUCUCUCAUGAGCCUGAGUACAUCUUUCUUCCCAUGAGUUAUUCGUGCGAAUCAGGAGUCGACACAUGUUACUGUCCCAUAAUAGGCAAAUGCGAGUACUCCAACUACACACUUGACUUGAAUAAACUGCAAUCACUUGGCACCCACGUAGGAAACCACAAUCGUAACUAUUACUUCACUUUGACGGCUACUAACAACGCGGGUUUAUCAUCCACGGAACACAUUGAUAUAUUAGUUGAUGAUUCACCGCCUGAACGUGGGAUUGUAUUGGAAGGACCAGUGGAUGGCAAUGAUAUUGACUACACCAGUGAAAAUAGUUUCAUCGUGCAUUGGUUUGGCUUUAUUGACCACGAAAGUGACAUUAAGAUGUACCGCAUUGCAAUUGCGAACUCAUGUCUCUCAACAGAUGAUCUUGAAAGUCCACAUCAAGACAUUAUUUUGCAAUACAAAGAACUUCCUUCAACGGAGCAGUCAGUAGUUAUGAAUUACAAUAAUACGGGGAAAGUGUUUACUACUGUUGUAGCCUACAAUUAUGCAAUGGAACCAUCGAAAGCUGUUUGUUCCGAUGGCAUACUUAGAGAUACAACUCCACCUAAACUAAAAAAUAUCAGAGUGUCACAUGCAAAAUGGCGUGAAACAUUGUUUUGUGAUGGCGCGACCACUUUUUUGCUCACAUCAAACAUGGAAAAAAUUAUAUUGACAAUUAAAUAUCCGGACUUUCAACGAACAUGUUUCCAAAUCAAUCAGUCGAUGAAUGAAUGCAAUCAAAUGAUACAAUCACUUCCUACCAGAAUUAUGGAGAAUGACGAUGCAAUUCCUGAAAUUCUAUUGAAUACUAUACCUAUAUACACCACCAAAGAAUUUGCAUUUAUACCAUCUGAUCAUAUCCAUAUUGACUGGGAGAUAGACGAUGGCAAAUCACAAAUAGAUGAUUUUUAUAUUGGAAUAGCCCGCUACGAAAAUGAUGUACCUUGUGUUCCGACGCUUUUAGAUUAUAAACCAACUCACAGAAAUACACGUUUUUCAUUUCAUCAUGCGGGAAUUGGGUCAAAUGAACCAUUUUAUAUAUUGCUGAAAGCUGUGAACAAAGCUAAUUUACAAAGUACCACUGCUAUCGGACCAUUUUUAAUAGAUGAUACCCCGCCUGAGUACAACAACAUUCCUGUUGUGGAAAUUAAGGGCAUGUCCAUAUAUAUUUCCUGGUCGAAAGAUACAUUUUAUGACGCGGAACAAAGAUCAAAUAUACAGACGAUCUAUUUCCAGUUUGGACAUGACGACGUUAUGGUGACUGAACUGUUGGAAUGGACGUUAACUCAUUCAAAGAAAUGCGUCAGCGGAGACUUCUGUUUCUCAUAUCCAUUGAGCAAUUUACAACACGCUGACACAGCGCAAGGUUUAUUAUUUUAUGCAAAUGUGUACAUAUACAACAUUGUCGGACAUUUUAAAGAAUUACGAACGCCAGUUUUUCGUCUUCCAACUAUGUAUCCACCGGGAAAAGGUCACCAUCUUCCAGUGGAGGAUCACUGA